GGAGAGACGGAGAUUUUUUUUAUGAGAAAACUGAGAAAUAAUAUUUGUAUAUGUAGCGCGCUUGGGACUUUUUAUAUGUUAUUACCACAACUACUGUGCAUCGUAGAAGUUUCGGUAAGCGGACAUUGGGGCGAAAUACGUGCAUGAAAAAGAGUUUGGAACUGUAGAAAGGCUGCGAACCAAAACUAAAUCGUAUUUGACUUUGUUAUUGAACGUUGUGAAAAGUUAUUCGUCUGCAGAGGAACACAUUGUGAGCCACCAUGAAGCGGAAAUUUGCCGCCGGCGACGGGGCGUCAAUGGAGAACCCCGCAAAAAUUAUACUCACCGGAAAUACCGGCGACAUGUUCCAGAACUCUUACGGCUCCCCGCUCAUUGGAAAGCCAAUGUCGGCGUCUACACCAACCGGCGAAACCGGAAGUCGACGACAGGUGCACGUAGCGUCUUUAAGCUCCGGUAUUGGAGCGCUUCGUAUGCACUAUUCCCCAAGUACGUCGGCGAUGGACGCAGCGGAAGUGGAACUGCGGCGCGUUAUCGACAACUUCGUCAACGUGUACGAGCAACUUGACCGGUCGGACAGCGCCGCCGCCAAACCCAACUACAGCUACACGGAGCUGGCUUUUCUGGCCAUGCUGCGGUCGCCCAAUUUCUGCUUGCCGAUCACUGAGAUAUACAGAUACAUUCAGGCGCGCUUCCAGUUCUACAAGCACUCCACCCGGAAACACUGGAAGAACGCCGUGCGACACAGUCUCGCCAAGACGCUAUGCUUCACCAAGAUCACUGUCGGUAGAGGCGCAAGUAACAGCGAGAAGCUCGCCCGCUCCACGUACCUGUGGUGUAUCAUCCCGAGCAGCAUCUCGUGCUUCGCACGUGGCGACUACCGGCCCAGCACGAACGCGGACGGCGACCCGGGAACCAAUACACUCCGAUGGGGCUACUACAAUGCAAAUGCAGAGAAGUUCUGGUUAGAAGUGGGUGAUUACGUCGCAAACAAGAUGGCGGCCUUCAAAAACCUCGUCCGCGAAUCGCAGACGCCGGGCCUCGUGUUCGAGGCCCAGGUUUGUCGACUCUCGGUCAACGACGUCCAAUCACACCGACAGCCUCUUCAUACGAGAAACCUAAACCUCAGGUCGAGUCAGACAUUUAGCGAACAUCACAACCAUCAGUUCGGCACUGGCCUCGGCGUCUGCACUCCAUCGCAAGUGGAAUCGAACACCAUGGCAAGCACCGGAAGUUCCAUGAACAUGAGGAGCACAGAAAACGCUAAUCAAUAUUACCAGAUAGAUGCAAAUCGGCAACGACACGGGCCAACGGGCGUUACGAGGAUUCGUGGUUAUGACAACGGUUGUGAGAAUCAUAUGACGUCAUCAUGCGAUUUCGAGGACCCCUGGAUGCCGCACUUUACUCUACAAAGUCCGGAAUUAAGCUUCAAUGGCGUGGAUCCCCAGCGUUGCACCCCGCCAUACACACCGGGGGAGCAUCACUACGACAGUGGUUUUGAAACCUGCGACUCAAGCCCAAACGAUAGCUCGUGUCGGAUGCUUGCCGAUUGCAGCCGGCAACAUAACAACAUUCUCAAUUCUCCGAGUCUUCUUUACGAUAAUUUUGACUCCAGUAUACUCAGUAAUGACUGUAUUGGUGACUUGAACAGGCUUUCGCCCUUUAGUUUAAGCGAUUUUUCCGAGACCGGGCAUUCCUUUAAUCCGGUGAACGCAUCGUCCCAAUCUCAAGCCUCGGACGAUUCAUACGGGCAAAGAUCAUUGUCUUCACCGUAUAUGGCGUUCCAGUCACAUCCCUGCGCAAUGACGUCAGACGCUCGGUACACGUACAGGAUAGGGGCGGAGUUUAGCCUACCGUCUCCACCUCCUUAUCCGAAUGGACAAAUCAGUACACGUCUCCAACCGGGACUCGUCGAAAACGGAGAGCCAAUAGAAAACACAAAGCCGUAUUCGCAGCCAUCUUGGCAGCAGACGCGAAGAUUUACCGGUACGCAUGGGGCACCAAUUCUUGUCAUCAACGCCGACGGCACUGUCACGUCAUCGUCUGUGCCUCUUUGGAACGCAUGUGCAUUUAGCAGUUGAUUAUCAACAAAUGACUAAACAGUAACUGGUAUACACAACCUGAUCUAAAGAGUUUGUCUUUUCUGUCUGUUAGGCAUAUUUUAUAGUUUUAAUUAGUGUAUUUGUUCUGUUUUUGAAGACGCGGAAGCCAGUAAGUAGCUAAAAAUGAUAUCACAAUUAAUCCACCGCAAAGUGUACGGGUUUUAUGGAAAAGUCAGUGUAUCUACAUGUAUGUUCAUUUCAUAAUAUUAAUUGAUUAGAGCAAUUGCUUUUAGCACGAGCGAUUGUCAUAAUCAUCGUCGGAUCAAACGUAUGAAAGUUUCUAGUAAUAUAUUAAUAAAACAACUUGAAAAAAUAGCAUAUAAACAAACCGUUGUGCACAAAACCAACUAGUGGACAAAACUGAUACGAAAUUUUCGUGCUAUCCGAAGUGAUCCGAAUACUGAAUCCCUUGCAUUUCGUUUUGGUAAUGGGUUCUAGACAUAUUCGGAAAAUUUCGUAAAUUUAGCACAAUAAGCAAACAUAUAAAGCAUCUUUUUGUUAUUAUAAAGCAAGAAAUUCCUCUUGUAUUUCGAUUUCGUCAAGAGGCUUUUACAUUUGCUUUAUUUUAUUUUUGUAAUUUUAUUAUUGCAGACGAUUAAUUGCUCUGUAGAUACACGCGUUUGGAAAUUAUCCAACGAGUGUUGACACACCUUCUUUUGGAAUAGCUCAUAUUUCGACUAAUAUAUCUUUAGAUUGCGCAACGUAUACGAAAGAAAUGUUUGAAAUUUAUCCAAACUAGACGUGUGCUUCCUAUCGGUAAAUAUUUCUGUUAUAAUACUGUUAAAGACUUUGAAGGUAAGAGUGAAUACUAAAUUUAAUAUUUUGCUUACAAAUAGUAAGAUACACUGAUUCGAACCAUAAAUAUAUUUUAUUUGUUUUAAUGUUGAAAUAAUAAUCUCCACACUGGCCUAUGUCAUACAGUUCUUUGGUGCACGUGUAUUGCACGCGUCUGUUUUAAGUAUUUUUUAAAGAUUUUAUGUUUAAUUGUUGCGCACACAACAGUGCUAUUUUAUUGUUUUAGAUUUUCUUAAAUGAUUUAUAAAAAGUGUCAAAGAUCCAUUCUUUGAUAUUUUUAAAUCUAAAACUCGACAGUAUU